UUACAGAAGACACAGAAACAGCUAAAGAAGGCGAGGUCACCGAGAACUGCCAGUCAUGCAUGUGUGAAGAAGUUAACAGUGAGGAAGGAGAUGAUGAUGAUGACGACAACGAUGAUGACGGGGAAGAUGAAGACUGGGACUGGGAUGAUGAGGUGGGAAGACUCAUGAAGCGCCACAAUGCUGCUGGUGGAUGCAAUCCACAGGCAAAUAGACAGACCCCUAGUUGCUAUUCAGCAAAAAUGUCUACCCCUACAGACAAGGCUUUAAGGAAAUUUGAACAUAAAAUUAAUUUAGAUAAGUUAAAUUUUGAUGACUCUGUUAUAAACAGAGUCACAGAAAAGUCUAGACAGAAGGAAGCAGACCUGUACCGAGUCAAAGACAAGUCAGACAGAGCAACAGUAGAACAGGUGUUGGAUCCAAGGACCCGAAUGAUUUUGUUCAAGAUGCUAACUAGAGGUGUCAUAUCAGAAAUCAAUGGCUGCAUCAGCACAGGGAAAGAAGCUAAUGUAUAUCAUGCCAGUACUGCGAAUGGAGAGAACAGAGCAAUAAAGAUUUACAAAACCUCUAUUCUGAUGUUUAAAGAUCGGGAUAAGUAUGUGAGUGGUGAAUUCAGAUUUCGUCAUGGAUAUUGCAAAGGCAACCCAAGAAAAAUGGUGAAGACAUGGGCUGAAAAAGAAAUGAGGAAUUUAAUAAGGUUGAAUACAGCCCAGAUACCUUGCCCAGAGCCAAUUAUGCUAAGAAGUCACGUGCUUGUCAUGGGCUUUAUUGGUAAAGGUGAUAGGCCUGCUCCUUUGCUGAAGAAUGCUCAGUUAUCUGACUCCAAAGUUCGGGAGCUGUACCUGCAAAUCAUCCAGUACAUGAGAAGAAUGUAUCAAGAUGCCAGGCUUGUUCAUGCAGAUCUCAGUGAAUUUAAUAUGCUGUACCACAGCGGGGAUGUAUACAUCAUUGAUGUGUCUCAGGCAGUGGAGCAUGACCACCCGCAUGCGCUGGAGUUCCUGCGAAAGGAUUGUGCCAACGUUAAUGACUUUUUCCAGAAGCACAGUGUUGCAGUGAUGACUGUGAGGGAGCUGUUUGAGUUUAUUACUGAUCCUUCUAUCACAAGUGAGAACAUUGAUGACUAUCUGUCUAAGGCAAUGGAAAUAGCAUCGAAACGAACAGAGGAGGAAAGAUCCAGUCAAGAUAAAGUGGAUGAGGAAGUAUUUAAGAAGGCUUACAUACCUCGAACUUUGACUGAAGUUAAAAACUAUGAGAGAGAUGUGGAUAUAAUGAUGAAAUUGAAAGAAGAGGAUAUGGCAUUGAAUGUUCAGCAAGAUAAUAUUCUCUACCAGACUGUGACAGGACUGAAGAAGGAUUUGUCUGGUGUUCAGAAGAUUCCUGCACUUCUUGAAAAGAAGGCAGAUGAGUCAGAAACGGACUCUGAUGAUGAUGGUGGCAGCUCAGGGGACUCCGAUUUGGGCUGUAAAGAAUCUGUACAUCCCAAAGAUAAACCUGCUGAAGUUAGCAUGGACAAAAAGGUCAGCUGGCCAGGAAUUGUUUAUUUUUCCCACCUCUGCCUAUGUGACAGGAAAAAAAUCCAAACUUAGUUCUGAGUGGUUCUUGCUGCUACUUGUCUGAAACAAGGUAUGGACUUUUCCUGUUGUGGAGAAUGAGAGCAGAGAAAGUGAAUUUCAUUAUGGAUGCUUUAUGAAUUGUAUUUUUAUGUAGAGGAACAUGUGACAUAGCUCUCUCUAGCCUAGACAAAGCUAGAAGAGGGAUCUCUGCAGGGAGUUCUAAGGCUAUGCAAAGCAGGAAUUUAGUGGAGCCUAGGCAGCUUUUCAGUGCCUCUGGCUACUCUUCUAGGCUUUGUUAUUCAGGUUUGUGGUCAUGGUCCCUGAUUAACCUCCUUUUGC